CAAAGUGUAGGAAUAAUGAAUAACAUGCUUAUAACAAUGUUAGCCAUGAUUAUAUCAUGUUAUAAAAUAGUUGGAAUUUCGGAAGCUCGUCUAAGAGUAGGGUUCUAUAGCCAAACAUGCCCAAAUGCCGAAUCUAUUGUUGGUGGUUUCGUAAGGGAUGCAGCUCGGUUUAACCCACAGAUUCCUGCUUUCUUGCUUAGACUUCAUUUCCAUGAUUGCUUUGUGCAGGGUUGUGAUGGGUCAAUUUUGAUAGAUAAUGGGCCGACUUCAGAGAAACAAGCAUUUGGGCAUCAAGGGGUUAAGGGGUUUGAUGUGAUAGAAAAUGCAAAAGCGCAAUUGGAGUUUGUAUGUCCUGGUGUUGUGUCUUGUGCUGAUAUAGUUGCCAUUGCAGCUAGAGAUGCUGUUGCUUUUAGUUUGGGUCCGGUUUAUGAAGUUGAAACUGGUAGAAGAGAUGGAUUUGUUUCAAACAUUUCAUUGGCUAACAAGAUGCCUGAUUUUAGAGACUCAAUUCAGCUUUUGAAACAGAAGUUCUUUGACAAAGGUCUUAAUGAUAAAGACCUUGUGGUUCUAAGUGGUGCACAUACUAUCGGUACUACUGCGUGUUUUUUCCUUAUGGACCGGCUCUACAACUUUGUACCUGGUGGGGGUCCAGACCCGAGUAUAGAUCCUGAUUUUUUAACACAACUGGCUGAAAAUUGCCCUCCUAAUGGAGAUGUAAAUUUCAGAGUACCGAUUGAUAAUGAUAGUAGCGAUACUUUUGAUGAUCGGAUACUAGAAAACAUUAGGAACGGCUUUGCAGUGCUACAGUCGGAUGCAAAGCUCAUGGAUGAUCCAUUCACUCAACAAAUUCUUGACUCCUAUUUUGGGUUCUCAAACCAAUCAGUUCAACCAUCUUUCGAAGCAGAUUUCGUCAAGUCUAUGGUGAAAAUGGGUCGCAUUGGAGUUAAGACAAGUUCCAAAAGAGGAGAAAUCAGACGUGUGUGUAACACGUUUAAUUGACUGAUAAAUAAUACGAGUAGUAAAUUUAUAUUCUACGAAUUAAGCUUGUGUACUCUUUGAUGUUAUUGUUGAUAAACUCAGUGUAAUUAUGAUAUAGUCAUUUAAAUUAAUUGUAUGUAAUGAAAUUUGUAUCAAUAGUUUGCUUU